UGGUAUCAGAGCACGGUCACCGUAGAACAAGGUUCAACGACCUCCGGUGCUAAUCAAAAUGGCGUCGGGUUCCAAGAAUAAUGCUCCACUCUAUUUGGCUGACGGAUUUUCUCAAAAUCGGCCUCCCAGGUUUGAAGGAGUUAAUUAUGGAUAUUGGAAAUAUUGCAUGGAAUUAUUUGUUGGAUCUACAGAUCCAAAACUCUGGGCUAGAGUCAUCAAGGGUCCGUAUGAGCUCAAAGAGGAUCAAGAAAAAUGGACUGACGAGGACUUUGAAAAAUUUCAACAAAACUGCAAGGCAACUAAUCUUAUGUACUGUGCACUCGGUCCAGAAGAAUAUCACAAGGUUGCCGGUUGCAAGACUGCUAAGGAAAUUUGGGAUAAACUUCAGGUUACGUAUGAAGGUACAUCUCAAGUCAAAACUUCUCGAAUUAAUUCUUUAAAACAGCAAUUCGAUUUGUUCAAAAUGGAAGAAGGAGAAACAAUCCGGCAAAUGUACGAGCGUUUCACAAACAUUGUGAACAGUCUGGAGAAUCUUGGGAAAUCAUAUGAAAGUGGAGAUCUUGUUCGAAAAAUAUUAUGGAGUCUCCCAGAGCAAUGGACUCCAAAGGUAACUGCAAUAGAGGAAGCUAAAGAUCUAGAGAAGUUAGCUAUAGAUGAACUCAUCGGGUCAUUAGCAACUCAUGAGGACAAGCUCAACAAGGGAAAUCAUGAUAAAGGGAAAAAGGGGAUAGCCUUCAAGGCUACCACAUACAAUGAAGACACAGAAGAUCUCGAUGAUAUGGAGGAUGAGGAAUCGGCUCUACUAAGCAAACAAAUUAGUAGACUACUUCGAGUAAGAAGAGAAAAACGAAGAGGAAACUUCGUCAACAAGAAUAGAGAAGUUGAGAAAGAAGGUGGUACAACAAAAUACCCUCAAUCAAGAACUUUCCACAAAAGCAGGAUUGAACAACUUCAGUCGGUUAAGGUUCAAAACACAACCGGAUGCUUUAGAUGUGGAAAAAACGGGCAUAUCAAGGCUGAAUGUCCUCUAGCAAGAAAAGAACGAGCCAUGGCUGCAACAUGGAGCUGUAGCGAAGAAGAAGAUGAGGAUGGAGAGGAAACAAGAGAAGAAAGCUACAUGGCAAUUGAUGUUGAAGAGCCAUCAGAAAGACAUAACUCAAACGAGGUAAAACCUUCCAACCAUACUCAUUUCAGUGACAGUGAUUACUAUAGUGAUGAUGAUCUAUUAGUAUCCACUAUCAAGGAAAUUCAGUUAGAGUUUGGAAACGUUAAAGUAAAAUACUCUAAACUGAAAUCUGAUCAUGCCAAAAUAAUCAUUGAAUAUGAUGAACUAAAGAAGGAGGCGAUAAGAUUAAAAGAAGAGUUAGAUGAAACUGCUAAGAAAGUUGAAGUUUUAGAAAAUGAGAAAUCGAGUCUCACGACAAAACUUCAAGCAUCAUUAGAAGGGAGUAAGAGUGAAUCUCUGAAAAAGGAAGGUAAAUCUUACCUAAAUCAUUCCACUAAGGGAUGUUGUGAAAAAUUAGGAUCAAAUUAAUGUAGUAAAGGUAAGUCGAAGAUUUUUGGAGAAUCAAUUAAGCAUGAGAGGAAUGGAACAUUAACACAAAGAUAUAGAAACAUACAAUGUUUUUAUUGUCAUAAAGUUGGGCACAUUAGGCGAGUAUGCAGAAAGAGAAUACAAAAUGAAAAAUAUAGAACUUGUUUUACUUGUCAUCAAGUCGGUCACAUUAGUAAAUUUUGUUCUCUUAAAGAUCACAAACAAACUGUAUCCAAGAAAGUCUGGAUACAAAAACCCAAAACUGCAUGACUGCUAAUGGCGCAGGUUUGCUUCCAAGUGAGCAUGGAGGCAACUGAAUGGAUAUUAGACAGUGGAUGCUCACACCACAUGACAGGAAAUCGAAACCUAUUCACCACUCUCAAAGAAGGUAAAGGUGGUAAGGUAUUUUUUGGUGACAAUAAUUCUGCCGACAUAAUAGGAAGAGGAAUAGUAGGUUCAGAUCCUUGCAUUGAAAAUGUGAUGCUAGUAAAAGGUCUUAAGCAUAAUCUGUUUUCUAUUAGUCAAAUGUGUGGCAAAGAUAAGAGGAUAAUUUUUGAACAUGAUUGCUGCUACAUCGAGUCUUUGGUGGAUAAGAAAGUGCUUUUCACCAGUAGACGUAAAAAUAAGUUAUAUGUCAUAGAUCUAGAUGAUAAAAAGUGUUUCAAGGUAACUUGUCUAAUGUCAUUAGAAAAGAAUGAUCAAAUAGAUUGGCAUAGGAAGCUUGGACAUGUGAGUAUAGGAAUUCUGUCUAAACUUAGUGAUCUUGAGCUAGUCAGAGGUCUGCCUAAGUUAAAAGGCAAAAAGGAAUUCUUUUGUGAUGCUUGUGCUAAAGGGAAGCAUACAAGGUCAAGCUUCAAGAGUAAGUCGGUAAUAUCGACAUCGAGACCACUUGAACUACUUCAUCUUGAUCUCUUCGGACCAACCAAUGUGGUAAGCUAUGGAGGUAAGUCCUAUGCUUUUGUAAUUGUAGAUGACUACUCUCGUUUCACUUGGGUAUUGUUUCUAGCCAGCAAAAGUGAAGCUUUUCAAAAUUUUGAGUCUCUAACUAGGAAAUUGGAAAAUGAAAAACAAUCUAAGGUUGCUAGCAUCAGAAGUGAUCAUGGUGGAGAAUUUAUCUCAGAAGAGUUUGAACUCUUCUGCAAUAAGCUAGGGCUAAGUCACAAUUUUUCUGCUCCUCGAACUCCGCAACAAAAUGGAGUGGUGGAAAGGAAAAAUCGGACUUUAAUUGACAUAGCUCGAACAAUGUUACAUGACUAUGGUUUGCCUAAGUACUUCUGGGCUGAAGCCAUCAAUACUGCAUGCUAUAUUACUAAUCGAGCUUUGAUCAGAUCUGGAAUUAAGAAGACUCCUUAUGAGAUUUGGAGAGGAAGAAAACCCAAUCUGAGUUACUUCCAUCCCUUUGGUUGCAAGUGCUUUGCACUAAAUACCAAAGAUCAUCUUGGGAAGUUUGAUGCUAAAUCCGAUGAAUGUGUGUUUUUGGGCUAUUCCAUUACUAGCUGAGCAUAUAGAAUAUUCAAUAAAAGGACUCUCAAAGUGGAAGAGUCCAUAAAUGUUAUAUUUGAUGAAUCUGCUAAUGAGGUUUCAGAUGAGAUAGAUGAAGAUGAUUUUGGACUUGGUGGGAGCUAUGAUCUACCAAGGACAUCAAACACGGAGAAAUCUGAACCCAUAAUGAUCAUUUCUGAAUAUCAAGAUAAAACUGUAAGUACUACAAACUCUCCAAUCGAGCAAGACCAUGAAGUAAGACAAUCUCCUCCUUAUAUUGCCAAACGUCAUCCAUCUUCACUUAUGAUAGGAGGGCUAAAUGAAGGUAUGGUCACUCGCUCUAGAAAUUCAAUUGUGCAUACUGCUUUUGUGUCAUUGAUUGAACCUAAAAACGUGCAAGAUGCCUUGAAUGAUGAAAAUUGGAAUGCUGCUAUGAAUGAUGAAAUGAGUCAGUUUGAACGAGCUAAUGUGUGGGAGUUAGUACCUAGACCCCCUAAUAGAGUUAUUAUCGGGAC